AUGUCUUCGAAGGACUUGAAACACGUUCCAGAAUCCAUCAGAAUGGUCCUAAUUGGUCCACCAGGUGCCGGUAAAGGUACGCAGGCUCCUAAUUUGAAAGAAAGGUUUUGCGCGUGCCAUCUUGCCACGGGUGACAUGUUGAGAUCACAGGUCGCCAAGAAGACCGCAUUGGGUCUAGAGGCCAAGAAAAUCAUGGAUCAGGGUGGUCUUGUCUCGGACGAAAUCAUGGUCAGCAUGAUCAAACACGAACUUACGACUAACCCAGAAUGCAAAAACGGGUUCAUUCUCGACGGUUUCCCAAGAACCAUUCCACAGGCGCAAAAACUUGACCAAAUGCUUGUCGAACAAAACAGACCUUUGGAAAAAGCCGUUGAACUCAAGAUCGACGACGAAUUGCUUGUAUCAAGAAUCACAGGCAGACUCGUGCACCCAGCUUCGGGCAGAUCUUACCACAAGAUUUUCAACCCACCCAAGAAAGAAAUGACUGACGACGUCUCUGGCGAACCACUUGUCCAGAGAUCCGACGACAAUGCCGACGCUUUAAAGAAAAGGCUUUCCGCUUACCACCAACAGACUGAACCAAUUGUCGAUUUUUACAAGAAAACCGGCAUCUGGUCCGGUGUCGAUGCUUCUCAGCCUCCAAAAACCGUGUGGUCCGACAUCUUGAAGUGUUUGGGCAAAAAUUAA